AUUUUAGUGACCGAAGCAAACGUGCCUUUUUAACUGACUUUGGCGUUUCGGAGUUCUUUGACGCCUCCAAUCGUGAGAGACUUGAGGCCAUGAUGCAGGAGAGCAUGGCAGCUAGUAGGACCCUCGGUGGGCCGCAGCAGGGGCAAGGUCUUCCUAUUAAAGGAACAAAAGGGACUAUGCUGUAUGUGGCUCCGGAACUUUGGCGCGGUGACAAGUCCUACGCGAGGCCGGUCGAUAUGUGGGCAUUAGGAGUCACACUUUAUAUUCUUCUUACCGGAAGGUUACCAUUUAGUACCCUGGAGGAUAUUAUGGAUCCAUCCCUUCCCGUGAUCCCCACCUCCUACGGUAGCCAGUGGACGGAGUUGCUCCAGGGCUUACUAAACCGUGACCCCAGCAAACGCAUGACCGUUAGAGCAGCACGGGCUAUUAUAAAGAGCAUGAAUGUAGAAGAUUACACUCCCGAGGAGAACCUGGGUCAGGCACCAACGGCGGUUACGGAUGACGACAUAUCCCACGCCCUGACUCUCGCGCAGCACAAGAAAGAUCAAGACGACGUUGAGUGGCUGUUGGGUCAACUUCCUGACGAGGGACGCGAUGGGCCGCUGAGGCGGUUUUCGAGGAAAUCCGUGGACACCGAGGAGUAUGCCGGCGAUUACUACCUGCCUUCUGUGAUGUCUGGUAGUGGCAAUACUUUCCAAUUUGGCGCCGCUGCGGACGCUGCCAGGGACUUGGACAACGUCAAUGGCCCAGGUAGAGGCAGCACCAAUGUGUUCGUGCGGACGCAGACUCCUACCUCGAGCGGUGAAAAGGGGAAUCCCCUUCGCGGGAGCGGGAGCUUUUCCCCAAAGGAAGUGCAGUCCUCUUUAGAAGAGGGAGGAGCAGGUCCCGUUGCCGUGACAACCACGGAGACGAACGUUUCCGGCCCGGGGGGUAAUCUGUCAGGGGCGACUGCAAGAGUAGUGACCAGGGGCCGCUUCAAGGGCAAAGGGGGAUUUCUCGCAGUGCUCAGGGAUGCGCUAUCAUUUUCCCGCUGCAAGAAGUCAAAGCUCCGAAGCCAGUGA